AACAACAUGGCGGACAGGUCGUCAGACAAGAAAACAGAUAGAAAAAGAGGAAAAGGCGAAAGAAAGGAGGAAAGAAAGAAGAGGAAACGUAGUGAAAAUCAAGAAAUAGAACUGGCUAAACAUUAUGAAACAUUCUAUGAACAGCCACCCCCAGGGAUCAUAAAGGAGAAAGAAGAGCUUCCAGAAGAAUGUAUACCUGAUUUACCUGAAAACCAGAGUGCAAGAGAUUUUCUUUCCCAUGCCCCCACUAAAGGCCUAUGGAUGCCACUUGGAAAGGAGGUCAAAGUUAUGAAGUGUUGGCGAUGUAAAGCCUAUGGCCACAGGACAGGUGAUAGGGAGUGUCCCUUGUUUAUCAGUGGCAACAAAAACAGUGAAAAGUUUCGAAUGGCACAUGAAGACCCAAUGCAUGAGUUCAUUCAAGAUAAAAAGAGAGCAGAAAAGGAAAGCAGAAUACAACAGCUCAAGGCCUUACUUGAAGAGUCAACAACAAGCGAGAGUGAUUCAGAGAAAAGCAGCAAAGGUUCUGGUGAUGAAGACAGAAAAAAAAGACUUAAAAAAUCCAAGGUGAAACAUAAACGGAAAGAGAGCAAAAAACAUCGACAUAAACACCGGAAGUUAUCAAAACACAAUGACGGUGAUAGAAGGAAAGAUGAUUUAAGGGAGAAAAAGGACAAAAGAUGAGAAUUUUAGAACAGGGGAUAAUAUGGCAUGUGUUAUCAAGUUAUCAUCAUUUGUCAAAAGGCACGUGGUCAGAUCUGUUGGAGCCUAGCCCUCCACAAUCGGAGUCUGUUAGCCGAGACAGGAAGUUGGUCCUGUUGAGAUCGUGUCGAGAAGAGGCUUUCGGCAAAACACAUAAAAUGUGAUCCCUUGACCUGGACGGAGGAAAUCCCUUGUGCACUAAGGCAGAUGGAUAUGAAAUCACAUCCGCUAUUUCCGUAGAGUUUUCGGUCCCCGAAAAAAACGGAGGUUUCCAGAACCGGCUCUCCCACUCAGUCAAUAGGUACAUAUUAAGUUGAGGGUCGAAAAUAGUUUAAAAAAACAGAAACGUUUUGGAGAAAGACAAAAGUUUAAUCCCUCAGUAUCACCUAGUAAAUAUAGCUACACAUAUUCUUAUGCUUCUAGAGUUCAGUCUCUAUCGACAGAACACACAAAUUCCCUGUCGUUCGUUUAGUAUACCACACUACUUGUGCCAGCUCAAGAAACGUGAAUCUGUUAAACAGCAGUGUGACAAAGGCAAUCCUCUUGAAGCCCACCACUUAAAGUAAAGCGAACCACUUCCAUUGUCAUCACUUUGCAUCAUUGCCCUUUCUGUGUAACCAUGACAACAAAUUCUGCGUGUCAAAAAAAAGAAAGAUCGUUUUUAGCAUAGACAGAAUAGAUAGAUCAGGUUAUUUCACAUGGACGAAACGCUAAGUCGUAAAUUUAGUUUACAAGUUUUCCGCGAAACAAAAGAUAAUAAGCGUCGGUGAUGUACACUGCUAAUGCUAGAGCGGCAUUUGAUAACGAAAGGGAAAGAUCACUUGAAUCCUCCAGGGUGUGUUUCGACUGAGUUUGGUAAUUCCAACACCAAAGCAAUCAAAACGGCCAAUCGAAUGAAGAAUGAUACCCUGAGAGACGCAGGUAAAAACUAGGAAACUGGCUGAAACGCGAGAAAAAGGAUGAGACGAAGUCACGAUGUUUUUCAGUGUUAUAUCAGAUUGUUCAGGUGGCUGGCGAUAGUCUCAUGGACCAACCAUGGGGUGGGGUACAGCAAGAACGAGGAAUCCUAGUUUAAAUUCAAGAUUAUGUUAAAAAAUUGCUUUAAAAGCGCGGGAAGUAAUUGAAAAGGUAGAGACCUGGGAAAGGGGUUGACUAAAAGUUCGGCCCAAGUCCCGCUCUCAUUCAAGAAGUACCUGCAUAACUGACUUUUCCAUCGCUAUCCGUAUCAGCCUCCUUGAUCAUGUCAUCGAUUUCUUUCUUUGAGUAGGUUUUGCCGCCAAACGUUUUCAUCACCAGUCCCAGCUCGUCACUUGUUAUGAAGCCAUCUCCAUUUGUGUCAAACUUCUUGAAGUAAUACUUGAGGUCGUCACCAGUCAUCGGUUCUCCAAUUUGGCUGGCCAUCAUGUCCUCAAACUCACUAUAUUCUACUUUACCAUUGCCUAAAGGAGAAAUAGAAAACAAAGAUAAGAACAUUACAAAUCAGAUCAUACCGCGGUCAAAGGCAAAGUCUGUGUUCAAGCUUAGUAGCCCACCCAAUCGGAGCUUAUCCCGGUCUCCUUGGCAUGAAGGGACUAGGAGUGUUACUACUACCCCCUGGAUG